GAUGCUCAUCUGAAGACCAGGCAAAAACGGCACACUGCGCGCUCCCACCAGCUAGAGCGAGCGCAGUGGCGGCUUGUGGUAAUGGCGACGGCCAGGCUCGUCCUCCUCGCGGCCCUCGUGGCCGCCACCGCAUGGGAGCUGCCGCCGAGCCUCCGGGUGGCGGCGGCGCCGGUGGCGAUCCACGCGCUGCGCCCGCUGGUGGGCUCCGCCGGGGACCUGGGCCGGCGCGGCGGCGUGCCGUGCGACAGCUGGCGGCUGGCCGUGGAGGCGAAUAACAAGCGCGACUGGAAGACGGUGCCGGCCGACUGCGAGGGCUACGUCGGCCACUACAUGCUCGGCGGGCACUACCGCCAGGACUCCCGCGUCGUCGUCGACGAGGCCGUCGCGUACGCCGAGGGGCUCAAGCUCGGCGGCGGCGGCAGGGAGGUGUGGGUGUUCGACAUCGACGAGACGUCCCUCUCCAACCUCCCCUACUACGCCACCCAUGGCUUCGGCACUAAGCCGUACAACGCAACGAGCUUCAACGAGUACGUGCUGGAGGGCAGCGCGCCGGCGCUGCCGGAGACGCUGCGGCUCUUCAGGAAGCUCAUCGCCCUCGGCAUCAAGCCGGUGUUCCUGACGGGCCGCACCGAGGACCAGCGGGCCGUCACCGUGGCCAACCUCCGCCGCCAGGGCUACUCCGGGUGGGAGAAGCUCCUGCUCAAGCCCCUCGGGUCCAAGGCCACCGCCGUCGCCUACAAGUCCGGCGAGCGCCGGAAGCUGGAGGACGCCGGGUUCGUCGUCGUCGGCAACAUCGGGGACCAGUGGAGCGACAUCCUCGGCGCUCCGGAGGGGGCGCGCACCUUCAAGCUGCCCGACCCGCUGUACUACAUCGGCUGAUGAUCAAGCGGUGCGGCGGCCGCCUCGCUCCGUACCAUCCGACGGCGGCUCUCUCCCUUGAUUUAGUUAACCGCUCCGCUCAUGUUGUUUUUUAAUUAAUCAAGGUUGAUUUUUCUGAUUUAAGUGGAAAUAUGACUCGCUGGCCGAGAGCUGUCAAUCAAUAAAUCAAUGGUUGUUUAUUAUGGA